CAAAUUGGCUACAAUAUAUCUCCAACAUGGCAGAAAUCACAGAAACACCCACCAAUGUUAUUGGUGAAGAGAAUCACGAAAAUGGAACGAAAGAUGGCAAAGAUAUUCACCCGCUAGCAGCUGCAAUGGAUGAUGAAGAAGAGGAUAUUAUAUCGACAAUCCUAGCAUCACCCGGUGGUGAUACUAUAUCCUCUACCAAGGCUCUGAUUGGUUCAUACAAGUUUGACGAUGACCAGGACACAAGAGAUCUUUUUAUAAAGGUCGAUGACCCCAUGAGACACACUGGCAAGAUGGAAUCAUUUGUCAGCUACAGAGUUACAACAAAGACAACAAGGAGUUCAUUUGACAAUCCCGAAUACAGCGUAAGAAGACGGUAUCAAGAUUUCCUUUGGCUGAGGCAGAAGCUUGCAGAGGUCCAACCAACACAUCUAGUUCCGCCUCUACCCGAGAAGCAGAGUAUGAGAUUAGACCGGUUUGCUCCUGAAUUCUUGGCAGCCAGACGAAGAGCGCUCAACAACUUUUUAGAACGUAUUUCGCAGCAUCCAGUUCUGUCCUUCAAUGAGAAUCUUCAAAUCUUUCUUACAGCCAAGGCAUGGGAGCUAGCAGCCCAUCGUAGACAGUCGACCUCCCUGAUGAGCAGAAUGGGUUCCUCCCUGAGAACGUCUACCACGGCUGCGUUGCUCAGGAACAGAAGUCCAGAGUUCACCGUGAUGGGAGAGUAUGUCCAGAUGUUGGGAGAGAAACUGGGAUCCGUUGAAAGGAUAUCGCUCAGAAUACUACAAGAAUCAAAGGAAUAUGUUGGCGAGUUGAAGAUGUACAGCCCCGCAUUCCGACUGUGGAGUAAUUCAGAGAGCGAUCUUACCACACCCCUUACCAAGAUGGCCGACUGUGUAGACAUCUGUAUCGAGUCAGUAGAGGAUCAAAAUACCUAUCAAGAAACAGAUUUCUUGCCUUUAGUCAAAGAAUACAGCCUUUAUACAGACUCCAUAAAGAGUGUCUUGAAGAAGCGCGAUCAGUUUCAGAUGGAACAUGAAUUAGCCGUAGAAGAACUUAAUAAGAAGAAGAAUGAGAGAGAACAGGUGAAAAUAUCGGAUCAGAACUACUCGUUUGGUGCAUUCAUGGGUAAAGACCCGUCUGAAGUCAAAGAGGCUAAGAGCGGAAGGAUAGUAGCUCAAAUAGAACAGCUCCAGAAGGAAGUAGAAGUGUUCUCUGACCGAGCCGAGUGUGCCAACGCAGAUCUCAAGGCAGACAUGGAAAGGUGGCAUCAUAAUAGAAGGAAAGAUAUGAAAGACAUGCUGAGUGGUAUGGCCUAUCAACAGAUCAUGGCUUACACUGGGAUACUUCAAGCCUGGGAGGAUGUGAUCAGCAGCUUACGAGAUGAAGCAGGAUUCCUUCACGGAGAGGACCCUUCCCCCAUGCACAGCACGACAGACCCCUCCCUGACGGGUGCCGCAUCCCCCACCCUCAUUACAUCGUCAUCAAGGGCUGAUAAGGUUGAGGCAAAUAGCUCCAAAACUGUAGACUUUCCAGACAUGAAUAAUGCACUUACAGAUGAGGAUGAAGAAGAGGAACUGAACGCUUCAUAAUUCAUACCCCCUCACCUGGUCCAUCAUAGAACAGUGCGUAAGAUUUUUAAAAACAUUUAUGGAAUCAUUCAAAGCCGAGAGAGAAAGGAAUAUUAGUGUACACCAUUGAUAGUCGAUCUGUUUAUUAUCUGACUGUUUAACCGGUACUUAUGCAGUCUAUAUGGAGUUGAUCUUCAACAAUUACCUAGUGUCUUACAUAAUAAGUCCAUCUUACUUCAACAUUAUAAGUACACCUGUUAAUGAACUUGAAAGAAAGGACUUCUUGUGCAGUGUUUUCAGAGUUGAUCAUCGUCGCCAACCUUGCAAUCUUCAAGACAAUCAAAUCAAGAUGAUUCUCCUUGUUAUUUGAUAUCUGCCAAUGAAAGGACGAAAAAAUAAUUUAUAACAUGGAUCGGGGAGCAUGACGUUUUAUCCAACAAGUCCCAUUUUAUCUAACAGUUUUCAUUGUAUCUGUGCUUCCCAGCUAAUCAAAAAUCAAGGAAAGUUGUCAGAUCGGGCCAAAAUGUUGAUAAAACACUAACCCAGUUCUUUUUUAGUUGAAUCCUUUUGGACCACAGAAAUCUGUUUGAUUUAGGAGGAAUUCGACUUAGAAGAGAUAUAUAACACAUGUUUUUAAUAAUCUGGUCCAAAAAAUUGCUUCGACUCAGACGAUUAUUCGACUUAUGGAAGGGCGACUUAGACUGAGUUAACUAUAGAUAACUAAGGCAGCCUCUGAUAUUGUGCAAAAAAGCAAAAGGACAUUUCCAGUGUUCAGGGUCCCAUUACACUAGGCAUAGCAAAUGAUCUUAUGAUCGAUUUCAUGAUUGGUUACACGAUGUUUGAUUCAAUCAGUUGUAAAACUUUGUUCUCUGAACAUUUGCAAAGCUGUUCGUUAUAGAUCCCUGAAGUGAUGCAACAGCCUGCCCAACAUUUAUGUUGUUGAAUGCACAUUGAUGGUCAACUCAAGUCAAGUAUAAGAGAUGUUCGUCCAUGGUUGCAUAGAGGAACACUUAAGAUCAUAUUUGGUACCAACUUAAUGAAUUUGUUGGGCUGUUAAUCCAUGCUGCAUCUUCCAAUCAAAUUGAGUUUUAUAAGAAACAUCUCUGGGGUUUGUAAAUUGCCUUUCAUAUCGCAUGAAAGAUUCAUGGGGACAGUUUUACCCUAGAUUUGUUUGGGGUAAGCUCUUUGUCCAUACAGCAUCUAUAUGCAGUUAGGGUAACUCGCUUAGAAUUGAAUGAAGGGGGGGGGGGUUAAGGAGUAUCUAAUUUAAGAAUAUACAAGUAUGCAACCAAAAUUUAAUAUUGAGACAUUUGUGUCUAAACCUAUGUUGAUUGUGACUUUUAUCAAAAGUGGUAAAAAAAAAUCAUUACCCUCUCUCUUGUUCUUUCUAUUUGUGAAGGGGGAAAAAAUGAGAUUUACAAGUCGCCAACUAGGGAUUAUUUUUGUAUACACAUGGUUAGAAUUCAAGUUUUAUCACAAAUCUCAAGGACCAAUUUUGUAAUACCUCCCUUUGAUCAUGUUACUGUCUUGGGAUUCUGAAAAUGUUGAAUCCCUUGGAACAAUGUGGCCCAGUGGAUAAGUCUCCGGAAUUUGAAACAGAGGGUCAUGGGUUCGAUUCCCAGCCAUGGCGUAGUUUCCUUCAGCAAGUAAUUCAUCUACAGUGUGCUGCACUCAACCCAGGUGAGGUGAAUGGGUACCUGGCAGGAAUUUAUUCCUUGAAAUGCGUGUGUGCUGUAAUCUUAGUAAUUAGGGCUGCCAAGCUACAGCUGGGGUAAUAAUAUCCAAGUCCUUUGGAAGCACGUAGAGACAUUAUUCAUAAUGUGAUAUGCGCUAUACAAGAACUGUGUAUUAUUAUUAUCAAUUUGCAGUGACAAAGUGGAGGCCAGAGUCACAUGUGCAAAGUCUAUGAGAGAAAGUUUUCUCUAGCUGUCUUGUGACUACCAGCCCUGACUUCAUCCCUCCAAAUUAGCUUGUGUGGAAAUGGGGAAAGUCAUUGAAUAAGAUCAAGGAAAGUUUGUGAAAAAUUAUGUAUACAAGAAAGAAACUUGUGUUAUGAGCAGUUGAAUGUCCAUUUUUUCCCCAAACUUUCUUGGAUCUGUUUCUGUAGUGUUUCAUUCGCCUCUCAAGAGGCAUUUCCUGUAUUAUUCUUAUUGCGUAGUAGAGAGUUUUGAAUUUACUACGGAGCCGCAUUCUACAACGCACCAAUUCCUUUGAAAAUGCAAGUCAAUCACAAUUGAGCGUUGAGAGGCUUUUGUCUAAAGUUGGUUGAUCUGGCAGAUCAUCUGAAGAUUUGCACUGGAUGAACAAUUACACUCAGUCCACCAACAUUUGACAAAAGCCUCUUAAUAGCUCUCAAUUGUGAUUUGACUUGCAUUUUCAAAGGAAUUGGUGCGCUGUAGAAAGCGGCUAUGUAGUAAAUGCGAAAACUCUCUAUUAAUGGUGUGAACCUCCUCAUCAUCUGACCCUAUUGUGAUCCAAGUAUCAACAAAUACUAGUUGUAUGAGCUGUGUAAUUUUGAUCAUACGUUGUAUACCUGAUCCAGGCUUUGGAUAUUCUUCAUUGUAAAAUAAGCUACAUUCCUUUAUUUUUAUAUUAUUCACUGGGAUGUGAAUGGGUAUUCUAUCAAUUUUUCUUAUUCUUUUGAUACAAUUCAUUUUCAACCUCAUGGCAUUGUAUUUUUUGUUCCCUUUGGUCUCUUUCAUUAAAAAAUGCAUACUUUUGUUUAAACACACUAUAAUGAACGUAAAUCUAGACCUGUGCAUAUGAUAUUCUUUGUGCUAGAGUUUUACAUUCAUUUUUUUCUCAAUAUUUUUUUACUGUUAAACUACACCUUUUUCUUCCUGAACAAAUGUGAAUUUGAAAGAAUACUUUUCAAAACUUUAAUUGGGAUAGUUAAUUUUGUGUGAUAAUGUGUGUGUUUACUCUGUAAAAAUGUGUUAAAUAGCAAUGAUGAAUAGGUCCAGUACUAGUAAAAUAUAUCGUCAGUUUGAGUCCUAUCCCAAUUUUAGUUCGCUGGUGCUCAAGUGGAAUAAAUUUAUAAAAAUUGGUUUCAAAUCAGUGAGUAUGAGUUAUCUGCCAGUAAGUACACAAAUAAUGUAUAAUGAUAAUGUCAAUUAGUGCAUAGAUUUAUAUAAAAAAAAAGGAUUACAAUGAUACUGGAUGUGUGGUAAAGGUGUCAGCUAUUUGUUUUGCAAAAUAAAAGUAGUGUUAUUUUUAAUUUUAGUAAUUGUGCACAAAUGUACAGUGCACUAAGAUGGCUGUGUACAAUUUAUGUAAACAAUGUGAUGUUACCUGCUGUCGUUUAGGAGAAUAGAUCAAAAUUAAAUAUUCUAAGAUGGAAAAUUAAAAAAAAAAUCGAUGUGCUUCAGUGCUUGUAAAAAUUGUAGAAAUAUAUUUAUUUAAAUUAUUGUCCGUAAAUAGGACAAUUUUCAUAAUUUUUGUAUUUGCAUAUUGAUGCUGAGUGCGGGGGAAUGAUACCAUUAUGAGUUUCGGGGCAAACUGAUGGUAUCUAAUUUGCAGAGAUAAAAUCAUAAAACCUUGUAAUGGUUAAGAAACACUAUAAGUGCCUGUGUCUUAUUUUGAGGAAGAAACACAGAUAAUAGAUUGAAAUACCUAAUUCUGCACCUUGUAUUUUGAUAUAGAAUAUGUUCAUAUAAACAUCUCUUUGUGUCUAUUGUUCAAUGAUAUUUUGUUUUGGUUAGUUCAAUAUAUUGAAAUCAUUUGCAUUCACUAGCAUGUUAUACAAUGUAUUUGCUGGAUUGAUGCAGAUUUUGUUUUAUUGUUUUUUUUGUGUGGGGUGCAAGAUGAAGGUGAAAUGUUUAGUUAUACAGCUAAGGUAAUUCAAUUUAUUUUCAUAUAGCUUUUAGUUUCGGAUGACUUAAUGAAAGUAGUAUAAUUUUUAUCCUAUUAUAAAAAAUAAUGUGCAGCUUAACAGCAAACACUGGCCUGAUAAUUUGCUACUGCCUAUUUAAUACAUUAUUUAUUGCUUUCUAUUGUAAAAUCACAACGUUAUGCCUAUUCACUCUUCAAGUCCUGAAUUUAGAAGUAAUGUUGAAAAAAUGCAGUCUCCUUUAAAUCUCACCACCUUCAUUUCCCCUAAACUUUGUUUCUCUAGAUUUAAGGUAAGUGGUUAUACUAGAAUUAAGUUAUGAAUAUUGAGUCAUUCACCUUCAUAUUCUCUUGUUUGCUGAAUGUGUGAGCCUCCCUCAGGGAUGUGACAUGGGACCAGUUUCUAUCAUAAAGCUUUCCAUAGGGUUACACAUAUUUUCAUCAAUUACUUAGAAUAUGAAGUACAGAAAACAAAGCGUGAGUAUCAUACAAUACCCUGACAGCCUGUUUCUUGUGAAGCAAAUAUAUAUCUUCAUAUUUCGUUCACACAAUUGGUUUGUCAUAUCAUGUGUAAGAUCCUGCAUAUUACUAUUACAAAUAGCUUUGUGACACCAUCUGGGUGUUGCCAGCUAUCCUUUUUAGUAUCAGUUUUUUGACAUCUACUUGUAGUCAUUUAAUAUGUGAUUUACAAGAACCUCUCUCAAUACUGCCAGGAUCGCCAGUGUGCUUCUCAUAUUAUGCAUCAUCAC